CCGCCGACGAGGCGCAGAACGUCACCCAGCAGCUGGAACAGCUCAGCGCUCGGCUGGAGGAUCGAGCCUUGCCCGUAUCUUGACGUUGGUCGCAGGUAGAAGAGCGCUGGUGAAAUGGCGAGAGACACUGGCAGACAUCACCACCAUCAUCACCACCACAGCUCUUCUGCGCACGAGAAGCACGACCACCGCCCGCGACGAAGACGCACCACCACGGAAGCAGCGGCAACGACCUCCCAUACCCAGGCUGAUGCGCCAGACCUCACCGGCCUGAGACGCGCGCGCACGGCGUAUUACACCGACUCUGCGGGACAGAAUCGACCUCCGAGAACUUCCACGAAGACGACAACGGCAACGACAGCACGGAUGGCGCAGGACGCGGAACCGCGGUUGCGGAGAACCUCAAGGUGGCAUGGUGGCAGCUCGCUUGGGCACGGCAGUAAGCGGCAUGGUAGCGAAAAGCAUAGCAGCAGCCGGAGGCAGGACGAUGCCGAUGAUAAUGUGGUGUAUGUCUACCGAGAGAGGGACAGCAGGGGCCACGGGAGGAAUGCCAGGGAGGGGACAGCUUCAAGGCAGCCGUCGGUGAGCGCGCGGCAGAGUGUUAGGCCGUCACGCUCGGCGACGCAGCGGACGAGUCGGACGGCGGCAGCGUCCCCGGAGGCACCACAAAGGAGGACGGAGUCGGUUCGUCAUGCCAGGAGGCCUUCGCGUGCGGAACCGGUGCGGGAGCCUGUUGUUGCUUCUAGCGCUUCUGUUCGUCAGGCGGAGGCUCCUAAAGUGAGCAGGUCGGCCUCCGUACGCACUUCGUCACGCCCGGUCAUGAUGACCCGGCCGUCUUUGCGGAGAAGCAACACUGUAAAAGCUCGGAGCCCUGAACGAGUGGACUCAGCACACGGUUCCCCAGAUCAGGCACCUUCAGUAGCAGUGAAGACAACUACAUCAACAUCACCUUCCAAAGAGCGGAGAGCUAGUGGACUGAUGGGCCUGUUUCGCCACGUACCGGCUCCGGCCCCAGCUCCGGAAAAGAAGUAUGACUGCAUCAUCUGCAUGGAUGAGGUUUCUGCGUCCCGGUGCCCGAAACUAGCCUGUGGUCACAACAUGUGUCAUUCCUGCAUCAAACGCCAGUUUGUCCUUUCCGUCAAGGAUCCCCAACACAUGCCACCAACCUGCUGCAGCUCCGCGCACAUCCCCCUCAAGCACGUGGAACGUCUGCUGGACACGAAGUUCAAGAUCAUCUGGAACAAAAAGUACCAAGAAUACACCACCAAGAACCGGAUCUACUGUCCCACGAAAGGCUGCGGCGAAUGGAUCAAGCCCUCGCACAUGCACAUGGAUCCCUCGGUCGGCCGCAAAUACGGCAAAUGCGUGCGCUGCAAGACCAAAGUCUGCGUGCUCUGCAACGCCAAAUGGCAUGGCAACAAAGAAUGCCCGAAGGACGAAGAGACGCAACGCUUCGCGGACAUGGCCAAGCAAGCCGGCUGGCAACGCUGCUAUAACUGCAAGGCGAUGGUCGAGCUCAAGGAAGGCUGCAACCACAUGACAUGCCGCUGCACGGCGCAGUUCUGCAUGCUGUGCGGCCUGCAAUGGAAGACGUGCGAGUGCCCCUGGUUCAACUACGCCAACGUAGACGACGGCGACCGCAUCUUCGAGAUGCGCGUCCCCCAGGCCCGCAACAUCAUCCUCGAAGCCUUCAACGCGGCGCGCCGCCCCGCGGCUGCUGUCCUGCGCGGCCAAGACCCCGAAGACAUCAUCAUCGCGCCAUUCCCCGACGCGUAUCCCGCCCCACCCGUCCGCAGGAAUCACCUCGUCUACCAAAACGACCUGAGAACCGGCCUGCGCGCCCGCACGCCACAGCCCCCGCCGGCAGCACCUGCACCCGCACCCGCCGAAGACGACGAAGACGAGCGCCUCGCGCGCCGCCUCCAGCGCCAACUCCUCGUCGACACGGCCAACGAAGCCAUGGCGCGCAGACGCCGCUCCCGUGCCCAUCAGCCCCCACCCCCGCCGCCUAGAGAACACUCCCCCGAAAUCGAGGUCGAGGUCCUGGGCAUCGGCAACGCGGCCGGGCACCACAUGAACGAUUUCGCGGUGCCGGCGCAACCGGCUAGGCCGCGGCGUGCGCGCGCGCGCGCGAGGGAGCGCGAGCGCGGACAUGCGCGUGCUGCGGCUUCUGCUGCCGGUGGUAGUGGAGGCGAGAGCGGGAGCGGUGCUGCUGCUGCCCGUGCGCCUGCGCCUGCUCCUGCUCCUGCUCCUGCUGCGCCGGCGGCGCCAGAGGCCGAAGCCUCGGUUAUGGCGGGCUUGUUUGAGGGCGAUGGCAGCGGGCGCCGUACUGGGCCGGGGAAUAACAGGGUCGGGGCUUGGUUGAGCUGGGUGCAGGAUGAUCCGGCGGAGGUGGAGGGUAGGAACCAGUGGCGGAGGAGACGGUCGUCGGGGGGACAGUAGGUCGGUUUGGUUUGGUUUGUUGGUUGGUGUGGGGAGGGGAGAGGGGUGAUGAUGUUAUGAUUGUUGGAUGAUUGAUGGAUGAUUGAUGAUGAUGGUGGCUAAUAGGACACGAGGUUAUGACUGAUUGACUGAUUGAUUGUUUGGUUGUUUAUCUGUUCUCUUGUUUGUUUGAGCGAGCGAGCAAGCAAGCACUGUAAUGAGGGUAGAGUUGUCGAUACCCAACACUGAUGUCUUUUUUCUUUGUUAUGGUCUUUAUGUAUCUAGUUUUUGCGGUUUCCAGAUAGCGAGUGUGAGUUAGUUGUGUUGUGUUGUGGUUUGUAUCUAGGCUUUUAGGUUGGGCUUUGAUCGGCUUUUGCGCUUUACUUGCUUGUGUUUGUGUGGGGGUUUGUGCUCCUGCAGCUGCUCUUGUGGGAUUCUUUUGGGUGCUUGCGCUGUUGCCUUCUUUCCUGGCCGGGGUUGGCUCUUCACUUCACCUCUCUUCGUUUGUCAGAAGGC